AUGACAGGGACAGGGUCGGAACCCUUCGUUCUGGUUGACCUGGAGCCUCCCAUCAUCCAAGCAGCUGGGACCCCCGACGCAGACACUCCGAAAGAGACCCUCGCUUGGACCGGGACCCCCAGCGACAUCGGUCCGUCCGAGACCUCCGCUCCGUCCGAGAUCCUCAAUCCGGCCGAGGUCCCUAACGAACUGCCUGACCCGGGACCCAAUGCGCUGCCUGACCCGGAGACCGAGUCGUCACCUGACCCUGACCCAGAGCCAGAGCCCGAGCCCGAUGCGGUUUCCAUGGCUGAGACCUCAGACGCGGUCUCCCCGGCUGCGGCCCUCUCUGCUGCCGGACCCCCGGCCCUCUCUGCGGCCGGACCCCCGGCCCUCUCUGCGGCCGGACCCCCGGCCCCGUCUGCGGCCGGACCCCCGGCCCUCUCUGCUGCCGGACCCCCGGCCCCGUCUGCGGCCGGACCCCCGGCCCCGUCUGUGGCCGGACCCCCGGCCCUCUCUGCGGCCGGACCCCCGGCCCUCUCUGCUGCCGGACCCCCGGCCCCGUCUGCGGCCGGACCCCCUGUCCUGUCUGCGGCCGGACCCCCGGCCCUCUCUGCUGCCGGACCCCCGGUCCCGUCUGUGGCCGGACCCCCGGCCCCGUCUGCGGCCGGACCCCCGGCCCCAUCUGCGGCCGGACCCCCGGCCCCGUCUGCGGCCGGAACCCCGUUCCCGUCUGUGGCCGGACACAGGUCACCCUGUCCUGUUGCCGAUUCCCCUGAUCUGCCUGACCUGUCUGAACCGCCUGAUGGCGGCCCCCCUGAUCUGCCUGACCUGUCUGAACCGCCUGAUGGCGGCCCCCCUGAUCUGCCUGACCUGACUGAACCGCCUGAUGGCGCCCCCCUCGAUCUGUCUGACCUGACUGAACCGCCUGAUGGCGCCCCCCUCGAUCUGUCUGACCCGCCGGACACCAAUGCCGCAGUUAUCUUCAGCCCUGCGGCUGCCGCUGCCUUUGAUGUCACGCCUAUGAAUGGUGCAACCCUCCAAGAAGACAGCCAUCCUGCCUUGCCAACCUGUGUCUAUGCGGCCUCCGCCCCUGAGGCACCCAUGGACUCCCCUUUACCCGCUGGCACUGCCUCCAGUCUCACUGGCGCUGCCCUUUCUGUCACAGACUCCACCCCUGACCCUGAUGGCUCUGCCCCUGGUCCUGUUGGCUCCACCCCCGGUCUCCAUGGCUCCGGUCCUGACCCAGAUGUCUCCGCCCACAGUUCCAAUGGCAGUGGUUCUGUUGACUCUGCCCCCGGUCUCCAUGGCUCCGACCCCGACCCAGAUGGCUCCGCCCCCUGCCUGGAUGACUCCGCUCCCUGUCCAUAUGGCUACGCCCCCCGUUCCGAUGGCUCCAUCCCUGGCCCUGUUGACUCCGCCCCCGGUCUCCGUGGCUCCAGCCCCGACCCAGAUGGCUCCGCCCCCUGUCUGGAUUACUCCGCCCCCUGUCCAUAUGGCUACGCCCCCCGUUCCGAUGGCUCCGCCACUGGUCAUUUUGGCUCCGCCCACUGUCCAGGUGGCUCCGCCCACUGUCCAGGUGGCUCCACCCACGGCCCCGCCUCUCCUGAUCCCAAUCCCACCUGUCCUGCUCCUGAUCCCACCUCCCAUUGUGCUCCAGAUCCUGCUUCUGCUGACCCUGCCUCCCUGUCUGCGUCCAUUAUAAUUCUUACAGCCACCAGCUGUCUCUUGGUAUUCAUAACAGAGUUGAGGGCUGGGGUCAACCUUCUCCUCAGGGUGUGA